AUGGCGGGGCUGCAGCGGUCGAGCGAGACGUUCCGGCGGUCGGGGUCGUCGGGGAUGGUGUGGGAGGACAAGCAGCAGCUGUCGGCGUCGGGCAAGGAGGCGGCGGCCCCGGCGCGGAUGCAGCGGAGCGGCUCCAGCGGGGGGCACGGCGGGUACAGGGCGGGCCACGUCCAGCCGGCGCUCGACCCACCCUCCCCGCGCGUCGCCGCCUGCGGCUUCUGCAGCCUCUUCGGCAAGCAGGCGCCCCAGCCGCAGCACCGCGCGGGCGGCGGCAGCGCCAAGGGGAAGCGCCGGUGA